CGUCCUUUCCAACUUGGGCCCCGCAGGAUGGCUCCCGCCAAGAAGGGUGGCGAGAAGAAGCAGGGCCGUUCUGCCAUCAACGAGGUGGUGACCCGAGAAUACACCACCAACAUUCACAAGCGCAUCCAUGGAGUGGGCUUCAAGAAGCGUGCCCCUAGAACACUCCAAGAAACCCAGAAAUCUGCCAUGAAGGAGAUGGGGACUCCAGAUGUGCGCAUCGAUACCAGGCUCAAUAAAGCCGUCUGGGCCAAAGGAAUAAGGAAUGUUCCAUGCCGUAUCCGUGUACUUUUGUCCCGAAAACGUAAUGAGGAUGAG